AUGAAACUAGAAGAAAAUGAUAGAUUUCUUGAUUAUCAAGAUAUUGAAUUGCAACAUUUUCAAAAUGGGAAUUAUGGACAGACUGGUGGACUGAGAAGUCGGAGUUCUAUCAUUCUGUCUCAGGAACCAAGUCGCAGUAUAUUUCAUCCCAGGACAGCUUCAGUAGCAGAAAACACUGAGGUCAGAUUUCAUGUAGGUGACCAAGAAGAGGAGGCUGAAGACAAAAGUGUCCUUUUUACACAACUUAAUGAACUUGUCACAGUACACGAAGAUGUAAUAUGGAAGGAAACUGCAAGGUGGAUAAAAUUUGAAGAGAAAACUGAAGAUGGAGGAGAAAGAUGGAGUAAACCCCAUGUUACCACGCUUACCUUGCAUAGUUUGUUUGAGUUAAGAACGUGUUUUCAAAGAGGGACUAUUUCACUGGAUAUAGAAAAUAACACAUUCAAAGAAAUUAUAGAGCAUAUUCUAAAGAAAAGGAUUUCUAGUGAUCGAACAACUGAAGAGGAAAAUGAAAAACUAUUACACACCCUUCUUCAAGGAAAUGUACACCACAUCAAAAGAUCAUAUAGGAAAAUGAUUAAAGAUGUUUGUGUGAGGACAUAUUGUUAUAUUGCAGGCAAGAAGACAUCUCCGCAAACUGCACUUCUGGAAUUAUCUGAAAAGCCUUCACGAGAACAGUUACAAAAUAAAUUUCGAAAGAAGGUCCCUGAUGAAACUGAAGCAGCAAAUGUUCUUGUUGGUGAGGUUGACUUUUUAACUCAACCAUUUGCUGCUUUCAUUCGAUUAAAGGAUGCAACUGUACUUGGCACUUUAACAGAAGUGGCUCUUCCCACCAGAUUUAUUUUUAUUCUUCUGGGUCCAAGAAGAAAUGCAAAAUCUUACCAUGAAAUUGGAAGAGCUAUUGCCACCUUACUCACCGAUGAGUUGUUCCGGAAAAUUGCAUACAAGGCUAUGAACAGAGAUGAGCUAAUAGCAGGAAUUGAUGAUUUUUUAGAUGAAGUCGCUGUUUUACCUCCUGGCAAAUGGGAUCCUACUGUACGAAUACAACCUCCUAAAUUUCUGCCAUCAGUACAUAAAAGGCAAGAAAUACUGCAAAGAAAAUCAAAAAAUCACUGCAAUGGAAAGCCCCAUGAAACAGAGAAGUUAGCCCACGGACAUUCUCAUGUCAGUGAAGAACUGCUAAAGACAACCAAGUUUUUUGGUGGACUCGUAAAAGAUGUGAGAAGAAAGGCUCCUUGGUAUUGGAGUGAUUAUUAUGAUGCCUUCAAUCUUCAAUGCCUAGCAUCAAUUUUGUUUAUCUAUUUGGCAACUGUAACAAAUGCUAUCACUUUCGGUGGUAUGCUGGGAGAUGCAACGGAUAACAUGCAGGGGGUUCUUGAAAAUUUUAUAGGCACAGCAAUUUGCGGUGGAUUUUUUUGUCUAUUUUCUGGACAGCCGCUAACUAUUAUAAGCAGCACCGGACCUGUGCUUGUGUUUGAGAGACUUUUAUACAGUUUUAGCCAAGACUACAAUUUUGAAUAUUUAGAAUUUAGACUUUGGAUUGGACUUUGGGUGGCAUUUUAUUGCCUAAUAUUGGUGGCUACCAAUGCCGCUUACUUGGUGCAGUAUUUCACUCGUUUUACAGAAGAAAGCUUUUGUGCAUUAAUAAGUUGCAUUUUCAUUUAUGAUGCAGUGAAAAAGAUGCUAAACCUGGCUAAUCACUUUCCAGUUAAUUGGAGAUACAACAUAGAUGAUAUAACCCAAUACAACUGUAACUGCAGCUUAAUGGAAAUAGGUAAGUGGAAAUGUGUAGUUUUUGUUAUAUACUCACUUAAUGUAAAUGCAACCUUGUACAUGGAUAUGCAAGACCCUCUAAAUCUUACGCGAGGGCAGUGCAUUGAGAUUGGUGGACACCUCGAAGGAAACAGCUGUAACUACGUACCUGAUGUCUUUCUAAUGUCUGUUAUCCUGUUUUUGGGGACAUUUCUUUGUACUGCCUUGCUUAAAAGCUUUCAGACAAGCAGAUAUUUAUCGACAUCUAUAAGAAAGUUGAUUGGUGAUUUUUCAGUGAUAUUAACUAUAGUUAUUUUUUGUGCUGUUGAUGUGAUGUGCGGGCUAGGAACACCGAAACUUGUAGUUCCAAAUGACUUUAAGCCAACUAACCCAAAUAGAGGUUGGUUUGUAUAUCCCUUUGGAGGAAAUCCAUGGUGGGUGUGCCUUCUGUCUGGCAUUCCAGCAAUUUUGAUUACAAUCCUUCUAUUCAUGGACCAACAAAUCACUGCCGUAAUGCUUAAUCGCAGAGAGUACAAGCUGAAGAAAGGAGCAGGACUUCAUUUGGAUUUUUUCUGCAUAUCUUUAUUGAUCGUUGUGACUUCAUUCAUGGGUCUUCCAUGGUAUGUGUCUGCCACAGUAAUUUCUCUUGCACACAUGAAUAGCCUAAAAAUGGAAACUACUGCGUCUGCUCCUGGAGAACAGCCAAAAUUUCUGGGCACCAGGGAGCAGAGAUUAACUGGUUUAGUAGUCUUCAUCCUGACUGGAAUCUCUGUGUUUUUGUCACCAGUUCUUAAGUAUAUACCAAUGCCUGUAUUAUACGGAAUCUUUCUUCAAAUGGGUGUGGCUGCUUUAAAAAGUAUUCAAUUCACAGAGCGGUUGAAAUUACUGUUUAUUCCAUCUAAGCAUCAGCCGGACCUAAUAUACCUUCGCCAUGUUCCACUGCGAAAAGUCCAUUUCUUUACUCUGAUUCAGCUAACUUGUUUGAUUAUCUUAUGGAUACUGAAAUCAACUGAGGCAGCAAUUAUCUUCCCACUGAUGCUGUUGGCUCUUGCUGGCAUACGGAAAGCUAUGGAGUAUAUUUUCUCUUUACAUGAUCUAAGCUGGCUGGAUGACAUAUUACCAGGAAAAGUUGUCACUGAUGAAGAACCUAAGACAGAAGACUCAGAUUCAACUGACAGUGAAGAUUCCGAAUUAAAAUAUCAAGAAAAAGCUCCUGAAAUUAACAUUUCAGUAAAUUAGAACUGUUCUUCUGCAACGAGAAAUGUGGAAGAAAGAAAGUUG